AGCGUGUGCUGUGUCUGUAUAUGUGUCUGAGUGUGUCCUGCAUCUGUGUGAGAGUCAGUGUGUGCAUCAGUCCCUGUGUGUGUGUGUGUUUAUCCUGCACAUACUACCAGGCAUAGAGUGGGUCUCUCUUGCUCGGUGUGCCCCCGCGUGGGCUCUCCUCCUGGGUGUUGCUAGACAUACAACUCCCCCGGGCUGGUUCUAGGUCUGGGGGUAUGACCAGGGAAGGAAAGCCAGUCCAGAGAACCAACAGGACAUCACAGACCAGGCACAGUUUCUUCAGAUGACACCUGGCAUACCUCUACCACCACCACCAUGGAGGUAUCUUACCUAGACAUUAUAUACCUCUACCACCAUCAGCCAGGCUGCAAUACAAAAACGAAGAUACUGAAAGUUCACUCCUGAUCACUUGCCAUUUGCUAGUUUUUUUGUAUGUUCAUACUGCCUUUGUGGCUUAAACCGGGAUUGGGUGUACAUUAACUUGCCUGACAACUUUACUAUACACAUUGAAAAUAUCCAUUGCAGGAAAAAUGUGGUUUAGAUAUUUUUGGAGAGAAGCGCAGCUCUCCCUAGCAACUCUAUCCGUCUGAYUGGUCAGGUUUUCCUCUCCACCCGUUCGGUCCACCCAUCCAUCAGGGAGCGAGAGAACAUUAAUCAAGCUGUUGACGCUAAGAGGAUCAAUAACAUGAGCGGUUAGCUCUGACCCCUGGCUGAACAUGAGCAGUUAGCUACCAUCCCUGGGCCUCCACGGAUCAUUGACAUCACAGGAGGUUGUGAUCAACCAGGAAGAGAAAAGCUUGACAUGGCACCAACGUGGAAAAUGACCCAUGGAUUUAGGGUUAGAGCGGAAUCCUCACCUUUCACUUGGAGGAAAAGAAACGUUGUUCCUCCACUCAGAUGAAGCAUCAAAAAGUGUACAUUUCCUUGGGUGAAUGAGAGGGAUGAAGUGAUUGAGGAAGAGAUAGCGACAGAGAGGAGAAGUUGAAUUCUCUGGGGGAAUCCAGCGAUGAGACGUUCACGAUGAAGACCACGGCAAUGUGCCGGAAUGAGUUUGAUGUCCUAGUUGGAAGUCUUCCCAGGAAAAGGAGGGAGAGACAGAUUUUYUCUUUUUGUUGUACUAUUGCAGAAUAUCCUUCUAACAGUAAAAGAGAGAGACAGGGGAUUUCCUGACUUGACUGGUUUCUGGUAGACUUUUCUGUGGAGUUUGUUUUUCAGGAGGGUAUUGAAAGAUCCUUACAUGCCUGACUAUUGACACAUUCGCCUUAACCACUGAAUCCUGGACAAAUAUUUACCAUGGUGUUGUCCCACUGAGCACAGACGUCGGUUCAACGUGUAGUUUUUAUUUACAUUUGGCUGAGUUGUCAAUUAUUGUAAAUUCAACAUGAAAUCAACAAAAAAAUAUGACCAUGUCAAUGGAUUAAGGUUAAAAGUUAAGUGAAAAAAAUACGAAAUGCCCUUACGGUGAUGACUUUCUGCAAAUCGAAUGAGUUUUCCAUGUUAAUUCAACGUCAUCACAUAGAUUUUUUGGGUUGAAAUGAUGUGGAAACAACGUUGAUUCAGCCAGUUGUUGCCCAGUGGGGUAGUUCUAACCCCCGGCAUAAACCAGUUCACCAAAUAUCAUUUGGACAAAUGUCACCAUCCCCAGCCAAAUCGAAACUCUGCUUCACUUUGAGAAGCCAUCGAAUUUGACUUUCAAAAACAUGAAAAAGAGGGGAGAGAACCAAACGGUGAGAGACCAUGUUUGUGGGAUUCUAGUCUUUUAUUUUAACCCGUGAGUGACAAUUACUGUAUGAAAACGAGCACACACCUUUAGCUUAAAUGAAGGCAGGUCGCUCUCAGGCGGGACGGGAGAAGAAAAUGAUGCACGUGAACAACUUCCCCUUCAGGAGGCAUUCCUGGAUCUGCUUCGAUGUUGACAAUGGCACAUCAUCGGGACGCAGCCCCCUGGACCCCAUGGCCAGUCCAGGGUCAGGGCUCGUCCUGCAGGCCAACUUUGUCCACAGUCAGCGGAGAGAGUCCUUCCUCUACCGCUCGGACUCGGACUACGACCUGUCCCCCAAGUCCAUGUCCAGAAACUCCUCCAUCGCCAGUGACAUGAAUAACCACCUGCAGAGGCCAGGCCUGACCUCGCGACGGUCUGAGCCCGUCAUUAGUGGACACCAUGGCGACGACUUGAUAGUCACACCAUUUGCACAGGUACUGGCUAGUUUGAGAACGGUACGGAAUAACUUUGCUGCACUAACCAACUUGCAACAAGACAGAGCCUCAAACAAGCGGUCCCCUAUGUGUAACCAACAACCACCCAUCACCAAGUCCUCUUUCUCAGAGGAGGCCUACCAGAAGCUGGCCACAGAGACGCUGGAGGAGCUGGACUGGUGCCUGGACCAGCUGGAGACCCUGCAGACCAGACACUCUGUCAGCGAGAUGGCCUCCACCAAG